AUGGCUGCAGCCAUUCGCAGCUUGCCCUUGGAGCCUUUCUUGCCCCUGUCUGGUAUGGGUAGAGCGCCUGACGUAGCGAGGCUACGAGAAGACGUCGGAAUUGCUAGGAUGGCUGGCAAUAACGUGCACACGAACGGACACGCGGCUGCGGCCUCCUCGUCCGCUGCUGCUAGGUCAGGUUUGUCCAAAGUCAUCGUCGUCGGUGCCGGGCCCUCAGGACUGCUGCUGUCGAUUCUGCUUGCGAAAAAUGGGAUCAAAGUCGAACUUCUCGAGGCGACUGACAAGCUGGAUGACCAGCCUCGCGCGGCGCACUAUGCCUCCCCCGCCGUGUACGAGCUGCGUCGCGCCGGCGUCAUCGACGACGUGAUCGAGAAGGGAUUCAAGCCAUCGACCUUCUGCUGGCGGAAGGCGGACGGCAGUAUUAUCGCCAAAAUGCGCUUCGACGUGCUGCCCGAGGAUCACCCAGAGCGCAUGGUGGUAUUGCCCCUGGAUCGUCUGGGCAAGCUCCUCUACUCCCAUCUGCAGCGGUAUCCGUUAGCGACGGUCAAAUGGGGCCAUCGCGUCGUCGACAUCGGCCAGGACAACACCAAGGCGUGGGUGCAUGUCCAGACGGCAUCGGGGCCGGUGAAAAUCGAGGGCGACUACGUGGUCGGCGCGGAUGGAGCGAAUAGUCAGAUUCGAAAGUGCCUAUUCGGGCCCAACAGCUUCCAGGGAGAGACGUUGAAUGCCGCUAUCGUGGCGACAAAUGUAUAUCACGAUUUCACGAAGUAUGGAUACUGGGAUACGAACUAUAUCGUCCAUCCCAAGAACUGGCACAUGGUAGCCAGGAUCGGCCGGGACGACCACCUCUAUCGAGUCACCUAUAGCGAAGUUCCAGGUCUGACGACAGAGGAAUACAAGAAACGGCAGCCGAUGCGGUAUAAGGAGAUUCUGCCCGGGAACCUGGAGCCGGGUGACUAUAAGAUCACCAAUAUCAGCCCAUAUAAAAUGCAGCAGCGGUGUGCGCCCAGUUUCCGCAAGGGCAGGUUUCUGCUGGUGGCGGACGCUGCGCAUGUCUGCAAUCCAUUUGGCGGCCUUGGUCUCACCGGAGGAAUUGCCGACGUGGGCAGUCUCUUUGACUGUCUGCUGGGCAUCCACAAGGGUCUGGCAGACGACUCGAUCCUCGACAAAUACGCCGAGAUUCGCCGCAAGAUCUAUUUCGAAAUCAUCAAUCCCAUGUCGAGAGAGAACUUCCGCCGGCUCUGGGAUCAGGAUCCGGACAAGGCCGGGGAGACGGACCCGUAUUUCCAAAUCUGCCACAAGGCUGAGAAGGAUCCUGCGCUGGCGAAGGAGUUGGCGCUGUUCUAUCGCAAGCCCGGGCCUAAAGCAUCGCUCUGA